CGUGGCAGCCAGUGGUUUCGCACGCGUGAUUUUCCGUGAUCGUGUGAAAAAGUAGACAGUGUGGUGUGUGGGGGAGAGAGAGAGUGAGGGAGGAAAAGUGGUUAGAAUUUUCUCCCAAAAGUGGAAUUUUGCAUCGCAAGAUUGACAAAGAGGGCGAAAAAAGGUGGAAUUCAGAAGAUUUAUUGCUGCCAGAGGUCGAGCCGAGUGAUGAAAUUGUGAAAAUAGGUGAAUGCUGAAUCAGCCGAAACAAGUGAAUCAUUAAAAUUCUAGUGGAAAAGUAGUGUAAAACGUAGUUUAGUGUCUCCGUACCAUGCCAGUGAAUGGAAGCAAUCGUCCACCUUGGUUAAAGGACAGAGUGGACUUGGUGAAUAAGAACGUUCCGCCGGCGUGGGCGGCCCGUAAGAACUCACUCACUUCAACGCCAUCGACUGCGGCGUCAGAAUCCACAACGAAAGAGACUAAACCAGCGGCCAAAGCCGACUCCAACGAAGUCAAAACGGCUCCCAUUCUGAAGAAACCGGCCGUUGCCAGUGCAACCCCGAAGGAAAAUGGCGAAACUACAAAAACCGCCAAGCUCCAGUCCAAGGAGAUCAAAGUUCCGAUCGUGGUCCAGCAGAAGAAACCGGUGCCGCCACCCCUCACCAAACCGGAACCCAUGAUCAAGAACACCACGCCCAAGAUGACGGUCCUCCGGGAACCGCCCAAACCCAAGCCGAAGGAACCCUCUCCCGAGUCAGAGUCCGAAGAGGAAGAAGAGGAAGUCGAAGAGGAGGAGGAAGAGGAAGAAGAAGAGGAGGAGGGAAGCACCGAAUAUGAAACGGAAACGGAAUCCGAGGAGGAGGAAAAACCCGCUCCUCCUCCAGUGAAGAAACCCGAACCCCCAAAACGGGAACCAUCGCCGCCCAAACCAAAACUCCCCGUCCAACUGAAGAAAGUGUCCCGCAGCCCCGACAAAACCGACACCGACAGCAAAUCCUCCAAAUCGGAAAAAUCCUCCUCUCCCGAGCCGAAACCCUUCUUCAAGCCACCCCUCAAGAAGGUCAUCCGACCGCCCUCGGAACCAAAGGAGCGCUCGACGUCCCCCGAGCCGAAGGGCUUCCGCGUUCAGCUGCGCAAGGUGCCGUCAAACUUGAAGGCCCCUCGCGUCAAGGAGAAGCUGCCCGAGGUGCAGCUCAAGAAGGUCGAAAAGCCCCUGCUCGAGGACAUCCCCAAGAAGGAGGAAGCGUACCCGCACAAACCGUCCGCGCUGCGGUCCGAGAGCAGCAAGAGAAUACCGCCACCACCACCGAUGCCAAAGUCCAACAUCCCACCGCCACCUCCACCACCGCCCAAGUUGGGCCCUCCGCCGGACUUCAAAAAGGACAACGUCUCCGACAAGCAGAAAGAGGUCAUCGAAAAGCUCAAAAAACGACCACGCAGACGACCGGACUGGUCCGACAUGAUGAAAGAGGUGGAGCAGGGUAGAAAGCUACGUCACGUUCAAUGCAAUGAUAGGUCACAGCCGAUCAUACACUCCAAGUCCAUCACCAAGGUCAAGGAUCAGUUUAUCUUCGAGACGGAGAAGGCAGGGGUCCACAACGUGUUGCUCAAGGAAAUCAACGCCGGCGUCAAGUUGCGAACCGUCAAGUGUAACGACCGCAGCAAACCGAACCUCGAAGGUCUGCGCAAGUUCCGCCGCCAGAUGACGCUGGAAGAGCAGCUCGCCAAGUCGGAGUCCCGAGCAAACCUGGAAGCCCCACCCCCAGACGAGGAGGAGGUCGACGAAAUGGACGACAUCGACAAGGUACGGGACGACCUCCAGAGUACAAAGCAGCUGCUGGCGAUGGAACUGCGCAACAACGAAGCCCUGGAGCGGGAAAACAAACGGUUGGCCCAGCGCGUCUCUAACCUCGAGGCCGAGCUGUCCCGCGAGCGCUGGAACCCGAUGGGCGGCGAGGAGAAGACCAACAUUACCGGGGCGGACGCCGAGCUGAUCAAGUCGCUGAAGGGCGAAGCGGUCGAGGCCCAGCGGCAGUCCAAGCAGCUCGAGGAAAAGUACCAAACCGUGGCCAAGGAGCUGGACACGGCCUACAAGCAGACCGAGGAGCAGAAGCGCAAGAUUGCCGAGCUGGAGCGCCGGUUGCAGUUGAUAACGGACGAUGACUUCUAUUUGAAUGAUCAAAAGAGCAUUUCGUCCGGCGGCCACGAUAGCCACGCACCGCGCCGCUCCAGCGAGGCCGCCCAGAAGGAAAGCUCGCCGGAGCUGGCCGCCGACGAGGAGGAGGAAGAAGAGGAGGAGGAGGACGAGGAAAAGAAGGCCGAGAAGGCGGCCAAGAGGCUGAACCGCGAGGUCAACAUGCUGUCGGCACGACUGAUGAGGCUGAAGGAGAAGCAAGAGGAGAAGCACGCCGAACGGCAGGCGCUCAAGUACGCCAUGAAGACGAACCAGUACGCGCUCAAAAACGAACAGAAAAAGUACAAGAAGCUGCAGAAGGAGGUCGACAAGAUGGCUGCAAUGAUGAAACUGGAGGACGAGGACGAGGACGGAGAGGAACCGAAGGAACCUCCGCCGGAGGAACCGGAAGAGGAAGAAGAGGAGGAGGAAGAGGAGUCUGAGGAGGAGACCGAGUCCGAGUCGGAGUCGGGCAGCGAGUGCGAGAGUGUCAACGAAGCUGAGGACGCACCCGACGAGAAGAAGAAGGUCAAUCUGGAACCCCGGGUUAAGCGGCACGAGGGUCGGCUGGCGUCGCUCAAGAAGGGCAACUACUUGCUGCAGGCCAACGUGGACCGGAUCAAGGACGAAAUCAACAAAAUUAGGGAAAUGUGCUGUACACUUCAAUCAGACUUGGACUCAGUUAUUGCAGAUUUAGGAUAGGAAAAACAAUGUUUAGUUCAUUUUUAUUUGCUUUUCAUAUACACAAUAAUUACGCCUGAACAUCGCUGAUGAGUCUAGUUUAUUUAAUUAAUAACUGUAUUAAAAAGAGAAUCUUGGCAAUUGCCACUUUAUAAACGGAAUCGUGAACAAUUCUUUGUCAGCACUCAAAUGUUUUAAUAAUAAUUAAAGGCCAAUUUAAAUAACAAGCAAAACCAAAUUCACGCAAGCAUAAAGUUUUGAAGGCCGGUUCUUUCGACGGGCGCCGCCAAACGCGCGAGAGUAUUUAUUUUUCUCUGUAUUUUUGCAAAGCCAAAAUAAAAUAUUUCAACAUACCUGAA